AUCAACCCUAACUGAAAUCCAGACUAUGUAUGAUUCGAAUUUUGAAUAUACCAGAGCCGGAAAUAGGUAACUAGUUCGCCAGCGGGGUGAUCUCUAGCCUGCGGGGUAGUUUGGGUUUUUUUUAUUUUAAAUACUAUGUCAAUCCCUUUCUUGUGCAAAACCCGAUUUGCAAGUUCACGUUCGGUACAACAAAUAAAAAAUGUCUCUAGGUCGAACAUUCACUUUAAACACUGGCGCGAAAAUCCCGGCCGUGGGGUUUGGAACAUGGCAAGCAGCUCCUCGCGAGGUUGAACAAGCAGUGGAAACCGCUCUGCGUUGCGGUUACCGCCACAUCGACUGCGCUUCGAUUUACCGCAACGAAGCCGAAGUUGGAGAAGGCAUUAAGAAGAGCGGCGUGAAGCGCGAGGAAAUCUUUAUUACAUCUAAGCUCUGGAACGCAUCUCACGAACCCAAAGACGUCGAAUCAGCAUUAAAUAAGACGCUCGCAGAUCUCGGAACAGAAUAUGUUGACCUGUACCUCAUGCACUGGCCAUGCGCCUUCGCCGCCGGUCCAAAAUUCUUUCCCCUAGACCCAAAGACUGGCGUUUUCCGCCUCUCUGACACGCCUUUCACCAAGACGUACGCUGCGAUGGAAGCGUUGCUCGAAACCAAAAAAGUCCGCGCUAUCGGGAUUUCAAAUUUCAAUAUCCCGCAUUUGGAGACGCUUCUUAAGGACUGCAAAGUUAUUCCGUCAGUAAACCAGAUCGAGAAACACCCUUACCUGCAGCAACCCGAGCUUGCUGCCUUCUGCAAGUCCAAGGGCAUUCUACUGGAAGCUUACAGUCCGCUGGGAAACAACCAGACAGGCGAGCCACGCACAGUCGAUGAUGCGAAGGUGCAUGAGGUUGGUAAAGGAUUGGGAUUGGAUCCCGGACAGGUGCUUGUUAGCUGGGGUGUCCAAACAGGACACGUCGUGUUGCCGAAGAGUGUCACGGAUAGCAGAAUUAAGAGCAACUUUGAAGAUAAAUUGUUGCCAGAGAGUGCGAUGAAGGAAUUGGAUGCAUUAGAGAGGCAUAAGAGGUUUAAUUUCCCAGCUAGGUGGGGAUAUGAUAUUUUUGGCGAGGCUGGAGAAGAAGAAGUCGCAAGGAUUGCAAGAGAAGCUGGAGAAGAAAAUAAAACAAAGUUUGUUGUUUAGGUCAAAGAAUAG